GCCGGGGUUGGGGCCGUGCGGAGCCGCCGCCGUUGCUGUCCCCACGAUGAUGAACGCGGACCUGCGGAGGGAACGCGCCGCCGCCACCUUCCAGCCCGAGCUCCUCACGCACAUCCUGGAUGGCGGCCCCGACCGCACCCGCCGCCGGAAGGAGCUCGAGGCCUUAGUUAUUAAUGACCCUGACUUCCAGCAUGAGGAUUUGAACUUCCUGUCCCGCAGCCAGCGCUAUGAGCAAGCCAUCAGGAAGAGCUCUUUGAUGGUGAUGAAGUUAAGAGAAUAUGGAAUUGCAGACCCAGAGGAGAUCUACUGGUUUAAAAGAACAUGCUUGGGCAAUUUUCCUGAACCUUUCGGUCUCCACUUCAGCAUGUUUCAAAAAACCUUAGAGACCCAAACGACUGAUGCUCAGAAGGAGAAAUGGCUGCCCCUGGUCCAUGGAGUCAAGAUAAUUGGCACCUACGCCCAAACCGAAAUGGGACAUGGAACUCAUCUUCGGGGUCUAGAAACUACAGCUACUUAUGACCCUGCUACCCAGGAAUUCAUCCUCAACAGCCCCACUGUGACUUCCAUUAAGUGGUGGCCUGGUGGACUUGGAAAGACAUCAAACCAUGCCAUCGUUCUGGCUCAGCUCUACACCCAGGGCCAGUGCAAAGGGCUGCAUGCCUUCAUUGUUCCCAUACGGCAGCUGGGCACCCACGAACCUUUGCCAGGUAUUACAGUGGGUGACAUAGGGCCAAAAUUUGGUUAUGAUGAAAUGGAUAAUGGCUACCUGAAAAUGGACAACUUCAGAAUUCCUCGGGAAAACAUGCUGAUGAAGUAUGCCCAGGUUGAACCAGAUGGCACCUAUGUGAAGCCACUCAGUGACAAGCUAACCUAUGGGACCAUGGUGUUCAUCCGGUCGCUCAUUGUAGGUGAUUCUGCUCGCUCACUGUCUCGGGCCUGUACCAUUGCCAUCCGCUACAGCGCAGUGAGACACCAGUCUGAGUUGAAGCCAGGCGAACCUGAGCCCCAGAUCUUGGAUUAUCAGACCCAGCAAUACAAACUCUUUCCUCUCCUGGCAACAGCAUAUGCUUUUCAUUUUGUGGGAGCCUACAUAAAAGACACCUAUCGUCGUAUUAGUGGAGACAUCAAUGAAGGGGAUCUGAGUGAGCUGCCAGAGCUCCAUGCACUGACAGCAGGGCUGAAGGCGUUCACUUCCUGGACUGCCAAUGCUGGUAUUGAGGAAUGUCGGAUGGCGUGUGGUGGGCAUGGCUACUCUCGCUGCAGCGGCAUUCCUGACAUCUAUGUCACGUUCACCCCAUCCUGCACCUAUGAGGGAGAAAAUACAGUCAUGAUGCUGCAGACAGCUAGAUUCCUUGUCAAAAGCUACACCCAAGUUAGUUCUGGGCAGCGGGUUACUGGCAUGGUGUCCUACCUUAAUGAUCUCUCCAGGCAACGUAUCCAGCCACAGCAUGUGGCUGCCAGGACUGUGACUGUGCGUCUUAAUGAUCCAGUCAGCUUGGUAGAGGCCUACAAAGCACGUGCUGCCUGGCUUGUAGAAGCUGCAGCAAAGAAUUUAGAAGCUGAACUGAACCACAGGAGGAGCAAGGAGGAUGCCUGGAAUAAAACUUCUGUUGAUCUUGUGCAAGCAUCUGAGGCACACUGUCACUAUGUGAUAGUGAAGCUUUUCACAGCAAAGCUGGCUGAGAUCAGUAAUGCAGCAGUCCGUGCUGUCCUGACUGAGCUGUGUCUCCUGUAUGCUCUCUGUGGAAUCAGCAAGAACACAGGGGACUUCCUGCAGGCGGGUAUCUUGACUGAUGCCCAAGUUACUCAAGUGAAGCAGCAUGUGAAAGAGCUCUUGGCUGUGAUUCGUCCCAAUGCUGUGGCCCUGGUGGACUCCUUUGACUUUCAUGACAGUCACCUGGGAUCGGUGCUUGGCCGCUACGAUGGCAAUGUCUAUGAGAACAUGUUUGAGUGGGCAAAGAAAUCCCCACUGAACAAAACAGAGGUUCAUGAGUCUUUCCACAAACACCUGAAGCCAAUGCAAGCCAAGCUGUGAAACCUGCUGUUUUUUUUCCUGAGCUGAACACUGUGUCCUUCCUUCAGGCACCUAAAUCAAAGCUCUCAAACCCUGGUAGCUGUAGGACAGUGAAGAACUGUAGCCUUUCUUUCCACUUUUCUAAGUCGAGGAGGUGUUUGGGGAGAGUGCAUAGGGAUGGAUGCCUGUUUUUAAAGUGCAAUUCUAAUGGUAAGAUUAACCUUUUAGAAAUCUGGGAAAGCUUUAUCUAUUCACACAAGGGUUGCUUUUGUGAAGCUGCUAACUGGAGACAAGUUGCUGUCAACUGGAAAGGUGGCAGGAUUUUACUACUAGGUAGUCAAGAGCCCUCAGGCCAUGGCUUCUAAAGAGCAGUUCUGUCCUCCCCAAAAAAGCAUCAAUGUCUUGAUUUUGGUUUUAUUUUUAAGAUUGGCACCAGCUCUCUCCUUGUUUGGCAAAUAUUUAUGCUCCCUAAAGCCUCCUGCAUAGCUUUGUGCACAUCAGUCUGCAUGGGCACUCCUUUCCUGAUGUAGCUGGGAAGGAAAUGCUCAUCCUCCCCUGGAGCUCUGCUUCCUUCAUCCUUCCAGAAAACAUCCUCAUGUUUUCCAGUGCAUCCUUUCACUGCCCUGCAGCAACAACUUUUGCUGUGUGCCUUCUCCAUCGCUGGCCCCAGACUCUUAGUGUGAAGGCAAAGGAGGAUAUAGUGAUGCUGCUCGGAGGGGGAAAAAAAGAAACGUUGUCGUAGUAAGCAGUAGGUGCUGCUAAGAGAUAUUUCGCCCUUCCUCUACCUUAGAGUUUUCAUGGCACUCUCUCAAAGCACUUUACAAAUGUUACGCAAUGGAGAUUUGAUGUGAAAAACUACGCGGAGUGCUAGAAACUGCAGAUUUGACCUGGAAUGAUGAAGCCAGUAUCUGAGAGCAGAACUCAGUUGACCAAGGUCCUUGGUUCCUCAGGGAGGUCCUUCUGGUUUUUAAAGACAUUCUUGAAGAAAUCGACAAUCCCAAGUGUCCAGUUUUUCCUGCCUGUGCAUUUCCAAGGAGCUUUUUAUGAUUUGCUUAAUUUUAGUUUUAUAUUGACUUGGGCUUUGGGCAGUGCUGUCUGGAUUUAAUGGGACAAAGACUGAACUUGUAACAGAACCUCCUGAUGCCCUGGGAUGUCAGUGCAACUGCCACUGUGCAAACUCAUUGCUAUUCCUCAACACCACUAACUCUGUCCAGUAACAAUAAAAGCUCUCUUCAUGCAGAGAAGAGCAUCUCUGAGCUUCAACUGGUAAAAAGCUUUCAGUUUAGACCUAAAUCCUGGAGUUGUGAGGAGCUGGUGCUCUGACAGCUUUGGUAUCUGCUAGUCUCUCGUUUUGGAUCAGUUUUUGGGAUGAUUUUUUCCUGGCACUAACAAUGAUCAGACCCAAUGUUUGCCUCCACCUGCAGUAGGUGGACAGAAAGAGAUCUUAAAUAAAAUGAUUAAACUUGC